AUGAAUACAAUAAAAACCACGCAAAGUGGCUUCCGCAUCGGCGCCGGCGUAUCGGGCGCACAACUGGGUGCAAAUAAAGCCAUCAACAAAGCAUGGCCAGGUGUGGUUGAAGCAACCAAUCUGAUUGGUUCAGACCAGAUCCAGGGUCGCUGCACCAUGGUGGGCAACUUGUGUAACGCAUCUCCUGCUGCGGACAGCGUACCCGCCAUGAUUGCUGCCGGCGCUAAAGCUGUUGUGGUCGGCAAAGGUAAACGCCGCACGGUACCAGUUGAAAAAAUUGUUGUCGGUCCGGGCAAAACAUCCCUUAAGAAAGGAGAAGUGAUAGAAGCCAUCACGCUGCCCAAACCCGCCAAACGCACCGGCGAUGCCUACCUGCGUUUUACGCCACGUACAGAAAUGGACAUCGCCGUAGUGGGUGUCGGCAUCAGCCUGACGCUGGAACGCGGCGUUGUUAAAAAAGCGCGGGUCUGCCUGGGUGCAGUUGCACCUACCGCCAUAUUGGUCCCCGCUGCUGCCAGAGCUUUGGUGGGUUCCAAACUGGACGACGCAGCGCUGGACAAACUCGCCGCUGCCUGCAGCAAAGCGUGUAACCCCAUUGACGACAAGCGCGGUACUGCCGCCUAUCGCACACGCGUUGCCGGAGUCCUGGCCAAACGCGCCGCCAAAAUAGCCUACAAACGAGCAGGAGGUUGUGGUACCGGCGAUUGCGGUGCGUGCAGUGUGACUCUGGACGGUCAGCUGGUCUGUUCCUGCCUGGUCCUGGGCGUGGAAGCCAACGGUCGCGAGAUCGGCACCGUCGAAGGACUCACUGAAAAUGGCAAGCUGCAUCCAUUGCAGGAAAAAUUCAUUGAACACGCCGCAUUGCAGUGUGGCAUUUGCACACCAGGCUUUUUGGUAGCGGCCAAAGCGUUGCUGGACAACAACCCGAAACCAACGGAAACAGAAAUCCGUUACGCGCUGGCUGGCAAUCUUUGUCGGUGCACCGGCUACGACAAAAUUGUCCGGGCCGUGCAGGAAACCGCAAAAGACCUGCGCAAAUCUAAGAAACGACAGAAGUUCGAAGUUGUUGGUAACCGUUUCUUGCGCCCGGAUGGCAUUGACAAAGUUACCGGCAAGGCACGUUACGGCGCAGAUGCCAGUGCUCCAGGCCAAUUGGUUGGGUUAGUACUGCGCUCGCCGCAUGCCCAUGCCAAAAUCAAAAAAAUAGAUAUAUCCAAAGCAGAAAAGCUGCCCGGCGUUAAAGCCGUCAUCACCUGUGACGAUCUGCCUGAUCUGACCGGAGGCAAUGCCGGCAAUGCGCAUAUCCUGGAGAACUGCAUGGCGCGCGGACGCGCGCUGUACGACGGCCACGCCGUGGCAGCCGUUGCAGCAGUGGAUCAGCAAACGGCACGUAAAGCAUUAAAACUCAUCAAAGUGAGUUAUCAGAAGCUGCCUCACGUCACCGACGUAGACGAGGCCAUGAAGCCAAGCGCGCCGGUGAUUCACGACUGGUGUUUUACGGGCGGCAUGGAAGAAAAACCUACCAAACCGUCGAAUAUCGCUAACCGCACCCAAAUGGGUCACGGUGAUGUGGACGCAGGUUUUGCAGCAGCUGACGUGGUCAUUGAAAAGUCGUACAAAACCGAGCAGACGCACCAGGGUUACAUCGAACCCCAUGCGUGCCUGGCUUCAGUAAAUCCAGACGGUACAGCUGAGCUUUGGGUAACCACCCAGGGACCUUUUGCCUACCGUACUGUAUGCGCUGCUUUGUUGGGCCUGGAUAUCGCGAAACUCAAAGUGACUUCAUCAGAGAUUGGCGGCGGAUUUGGCGGUAAAACCCACGUCUGGACAGAACCUCUGGCACUGGCGCUUUCUCGCAAAGCCAAUCGACCGGUUAAGCUGGUGAUGACCCGGGACGAGGUGUUUCGCGCCACCGGUCCAACCGCCUCAACGUCUGUUGAUGUCAAAAUUGGUGCCACCCGCAAAGGUGUCAUUACCGCAGCAACCCUUGAGCUACGUUAUCAGGGCGGCGCCUUCCCGGGACCUUGGGCAAUGCUUGCCUGUAUGACCGGGUUCGCCUGUUACAACAUCGAAAACCAGCGCUCCGUGGGCUGGGAUGUCAUUGUUAACCGACCUAAGGUUGCGGCUUACCGCGCGCCUUCAGCCCCCAUGGCUGCGUACGCGGUAGAAAGCACAAUGGAUCUUGUGGCAGACGCCAUUGGCAUGGAUGCAGUGGAUUUCCGCCUCAAGAACGUCGCCAGGGAAGGUACACAAGCGCCUUAUGGCCCCAUAUAUGGUCCGAUUGGUAUCGAGGCUGCGUUGCAGGCCGUUAAGAAACAUCCGCACAUGAAAACCAGGCUUAAGAAGAAUCAGGGCCGCGGCGUCGCUUGUGGUUUCUGGUUCAACAUUGGCGGGCAAACCUGUGUUGAUCUGAACAUCGGCACAGAUGGCACGGUCAACCUGGCAGUGGGUACGGUCGAUGUGGGCGGUGCACGCUCCUCGCUAGCCAUGAUUGCGGCAGAAGAGCUGGGUAUUGGUUACGAAGACGUCAAGGUACAAGUUGCCGACACAACGUCUCUGGGACACAACGACACCACAGAAGGCAGCCGCGGUACAUUCUCGUCGGGCAUGGCAGCGAUCUUUGCUGCACGUGAUGCUAUUGAGGUAUUAAAAGGUCGUGCGGCCAAGAUGUUGGAUGUACCCGUAGACGAUAUUGUCUGGGAAAAAGGCGAAGCGCGAGCAACAGGUAAAGGACACAGUAAUCUGCCGUCUUUAUCCCUGAAAGAAAUCGCCAGAAAAUCACCCAAUACCGGUGGUCCUAUCGCGGGUCACAAUGAGAUUGUAGCGGACGGUGCCGGCAUGGGAUUUGCUGCACACAUCUGCGACGUGGAAGUUGAUCCAGAAACCGGCUUAAGCAAGAUCCUGCGCUACACCGUUGUGCAGGAUGCAGGUAAAGCCAUCAACCCGGAUUAUGUCGAAGGCCAGUUCCAGGGUGCUGCCGCACAAGGUAUUGGUUGGGCACUGAAUGAAGAGUACGUUUACGGCAAGGACGGUCGCCUGCAGAAUCCAGGCUUCCUCGACUAUCGUAUACCGGUCUGUUCCGACCUGCCGUUUAUCGAUACGCAGAUCCUGGAGAUUCCAAACCCGACCCAUCCCUAUGGCAUCCGCGGUGUAGGGGAAACCUCUAUCGUCCCGCCGUUGGGCGCUAUCGGUAACGCCAUUGCGCGUGCCACUGGGGUGCGCAUGAAUCAUGUGCCCAUGUUAGUGCAGGUUAGCCUGAACGGCGCAUUGCGUUCAGGCGUAGGUGGCGUUGCCUCGAUCGAGAUCGAGGCAGCCACCAUUGCUGAGCUCAUGAGCAAACUGAUCGAAAAAUAUCCAGAUAUGUCUGCACAUCUGGAUAAAGGCAUCGCCGUCGCCAUCGACGGCGUGGUCUUUCGAGAUGACUGGACCCAGAAGAUUCCACCCGACGCAGAAGUCUUUCUCAUGCCACGCAUCGAAGGCGCGCUAAACCAUCAUUACUCAGACUUUGCCGAUCUGUUGGUUGAUACACUCGAUCAACUCUACCAUCAGCUACUGGACCUGAAAAUUGAGGGCAAUAUCGGUCUUCUGGAGCAGAUUACGUUAGAGGGCCAUCUGCGGGUCACCCAGCGCGAAUUCAAAGCGGUGAUUGAAUUGUGGCUGGCGUCGAGAAACGAUGAAGCGUUUGGCACGCGCCUGGCUGAAGCCAUCACUCAAGGCUCAGAAUUAUUCUCCCCAGAGAUGGUGUUGGCGCGCAAACGUGAACACAAACGCUUAAAAGAGUUUGAAGCCAUCUACCGCACCAUUACCGAGGACGGCAAACUGAAGCGCAUGAUUGCCCACAACAAUCCGGCCUUGGCACGCAAUGUCUGUUACAAAGGUACUGCGGCUCCACAUGUGCACAAUCACGCUGAUCGACUGACCAAGCCGCUGAAACGUGUCGGCGCGCGCGGUGAAGACAAGUGGGAAGAAAUUUCCUACGCACAGGCGAUGGAUGAAAUUGCUGAGCGUCUGCAAAAAGUUGUGCAUCAGUACGGGCCUGAAUCGCUUGCCGUAUCCACCUCAGGCUGGAACACCCAGACCACACACAGCAUGGACCGGCGCUUCAUGAACGCCUUAGGCUCGCCCAACUAUAUCAGCGGCGUAUCCCUUUGCGCGGGCAACACAGCCGCGGUUAACAAGCUUACCUACGGGUGGUUUCCGUUUGCUGAUAUCGCCAACUCCAAGUGCAUCGUGCUGUUCGGUCACAAUCCGCGAAAACACAGUUGGACACCGAUCUACAACAUGAUUAACGCCGCACGGGAAAAAGGUGCCAAGGUUAUUGUCCUCGACCCUCGAAUCUCCGACCAGGCUGAGGUUGCAGACAUGCACUUGCGCCUGCGUUCAGGCACAGACGCGGCGAUGUGUCUCGGGUGGCUCAACGUCAUCAUCAACGAAGAGCUAUACGACAAAACAUUUGUGGCUGAGCACACCACUGGAUUUGAGGAUUUGUGUAAUCGCGUCAACGAAUACCCCCUUGAACGGGUCGCCGAGAUUACCGGCGUGGAGGCUCAGCAGAUUGCUGAAGCGGCGAGACUCUAUGCCAGCGCCUCAAGCGCCUGUAUUCCCUGGACGCCGAUCACGGACAUGCAGAUUUCAUCAACAUCCGCCAUUCGGCUACAAAGCAUUCUGCGUGCUCUAACCGGCAAUAUAGACAUCCCCGGCGGGGAGAUAUUUGGCGGCUUUGAUCCAAACUAUAUCCCGGAAUCCAAACUGGGCAAUCAUGAGAUGUUGAGCGCAGAGCAAAAAGGCAAACAACUGGGUGCAGACCUGCAUCCUGUAUAUACCUAUCGCGCCCAGGAGAUGCUUACAGAGCAUACAGAACGUGUUUACGGCUACGGCUACGCCGAUAUCGUUAUGGGGUGUUACAUGGCCAACCCAAGCGCUACUUUUCGGGCUAUGGCAACUGAAAAGCCCUACCCGGUGAAGGCCUUUUUUGUGCUCGGUAACAAUGCGCUCAUGAGCUAUCCCAAUCAGCAUCAGAUCCUUAAAGGCAUGAUGAAUCAGGAACUGAUUGUUGCGCACGACAUCUUCAUGACACCCACCGCCUUGUUAGCAGACUACGUACUGCCUGGCGAUGUAUUCAGCGAGCGUAACCAUCUGUCUGACUACUGGAACUGGAAACUCGGUCUGACCCUGUCGCAAAAAGCUGUCGAGCCGCCGCCCGAAUGUUCCAGCACCUUUGAGUUCUGGCAUGAUCUUGCUCACCGUAUGGGUUACGCAGACCUGUUCCCCUGGUCGACCAUAGAAGAAAUGCUCGACUAUCGCCUCUCUCCUUCCGGUAAAACCUUUGCGGAAUUUUCCGACGAGCACUAUAUGUUCAUUGAACCACCUGAAUAUCGAAAGUAUCGAAAAACAGGUUUCGCCACGCCUUCGGGUAAAGUUGAGCUGAAAUCCAGUCUGCUGGAGAAAUUGGGAUUCGAUCCCCUGCCCUAUUACAGGGAAGGACCUGCCGUAAGUGAGGCGUACCCCUACUAUGUGUUCACUGGUGUUCGCGAAGACGCAUUCUUCCAGACCGGACAACGCCAGGUAAAAGUUUUACGAGAUCGAAUGCCUUCACCAAAACUGUUUAUGCAUCCUAGCGAUGCCGCACGCCAGAACAUUAUUGACCACGAUUGGGUUAAGUUGCAGACGCCAACCGGGGAAGUCACAGCCAAGGUGUUGAUCAAAACAUCAAUGAAAGAAGGUCACAUCCGAGUGCCACAUGGCUGGUGGUAUCCUGAAAUGCGCGGCACCGCAAAACUGUCCGGCGCGUUUAUCAGCAGCGACGCUGUCUUGUGCCCGGACGAUCCGGAAUUUUUAGACCAUGAACAAGGUAUACCCCACUUCAAAGGUUUUCCCGGCAGGAUCGUAAAACUGGCGGAGCCUCCGGCCGGCAUGUCUGAACAGGUAUUGAACGGUUGA